GAUGGUCCAGAGUGCCUGUGGGGGGGAAGCUGUGCGGUACAGGGGCUUUGAGAGCUGAUCUGAGCGUAGGCUAGGAGGUUCCCUUCUCUGUGGCCGAGAGGAGCAGAGUUUCUGUUCGAGCCUAACCCAGAGCAGCCGGGGUGGCGGGGUGUCCAGCCAUGGGAUGCUGCAGCGUGACCCAACGGCACUCCGGUACCGACGAAGUGGGGCCCGACGAGAUCGAACUCCUGCAGAUUGACAACACAGGGCUGUGGAGUCUGGGAGAGACGAGGCUGCAGCUGUCUUUGAAGAGCGAGUCCGAGGAGGCGGCCCGCCGGUGCCCGGCAGUACGAGAGCUCACAGAGGAGUCACAGACUCCAGAUCCUGUGCCCACAGAAAUAAAGCACUGCGACCAUCAACAGGCCGUGCUCUGGGGCAGAUCGAGGGACGAGCUGCACCAGCGGAUCUACACGGAGCCCAUCCGGUCGUGGGAGGGGCAAUCAGCCCACGCGUACGGAGAGAUCGUCUGGUCCUCUCGAGUGCGCCUCCGCAGCCCCUUUAUGCAGGAGAGCAGUGAGCGAUACCUUGUACUCUUUUCCUUCCACCUGCUGAUCCUCGCCCUGGAUGACUUAAAGCAGGAAUUCAUAUAUGAGGGUGUCCUUCCCCUCUCAGGAAUGUCGGUGCAAGUAAUAUCACACGAUGGCAGCACCUCCAAUGUGUUUGAGAUCAGCGGGCCCAUGGUGGACUCCAAGGUGGUGGUCUGUGCCAGCCCCGCGGACAUGAGGAAGUGGGUGGAGAGUAUCGAGGAGAGGCGGCACAAGGCAUCCAAGCAGCAGCUGAGCCCCUCCAACAGCGCGCUGUCCUACCUGGUGCCAUGCGAUGAGGGCUGGAAGAGGGAGGAGCUGAAGAGGUACUUGCUGCGGGCUCCCAUCUGGCAGUGGGAGGGCACGCCCAUCCAGCACAUGGGCUCCAUCGGCCACCUGUCCUUCGUCCGCAUCACCUACUCCCAGAGACAGGGAUCCCAGGAGCGUCUGCUGGUGCUGUUCCCCCAGGACCUCCUCUUCCUUUCCGUCGACUCGCAGCGCGCCUAUGUCAAAUAUGAGGGUCGACUGCCCUGUAACAGCAUCAAAGCCCUGGAGAGGUCCGCCCUGCCUGGGAGGCUGGAGUUUGAGCUGACAGGUGACCUCGUGGAUCCUCUGCUGGUGUCAUGUACCUGUCCUGGAGACUAUGAGAACUGGAUUUUCCGCUUACAGCAGCCGGAAAAAACUGAAAGCCCCAUCUCAACCCAGCCUGCUCCGCCCCUCAUGCCCAAGAAAUCACAGAAACGAGGGAAUGCACCCCAGAUCCCCAUGUGAGCAGAGCCCUGCGGGGGGUGGGGGAGGGGGUUACGAAGCUCAGGUUCAACCCAGGAUCACUGUGACUUAUGGAGGUACCUGCUGCCCAAGGACAGCAAGCAGGGGAUUCUGGGUAGCAGGCAGCCCUCUGCGCCACUGACACGCCACCCCUUCAACAUUCAAACCCCUCAGAAAAGGAAUAACUUCAACUGGAAAACUGGUUAACAGCCUAGGCCGUGACUCCGCCUCCCUGAUGUGAAUGGGUUGGUGACAUGGCAUCAGCCACAACGAAACUGCGGUGGCUGCGUGGUGGCGACUGGGCCGAUCAUGUCUUCACCGCCAUCCCCCCACCCGGCGCGUGGGAACAUCUGGACGUCAGGCUCCUCCAAGUGCGAGGCGGAGCCGUCGGGAGGGCCGUGCACGAGAGCUCUGCAGAGCUUCGCCGCCCCCAGCUGCCUUGCAGCCCGUGACCACCGAAGCCAUUUCCUGCCUUUCGCGUCAAAGACAUGUCAUGGUGAUUUAUAACCGCCCGAAGAAGUGACUGCAAAGUGCGCCUACUCUCUCUGCUGCGAAGCCAUGCAAAAAAGAAAAAAAAAAAAAAAACAGACAAGUGAACUGACACGGUGCGGGGAUCAUUUGUGACAUAUGUACACGUCACUUAUCGUGGGCGAGUUCACGACAACAUGUCGGGGGGCACUCUGGCCAGUAGUUGGAAAAGUUAAGAAAAUGUCAUCCUGACCACAAAGUCACAUCUGCUCAGGUUUGCUGGUUUCAAGACUGUGUUUUUUUCUUAGAUACAAGCAUAGAGAAGCAGUGCAAACACACCUGAUUGCAAUUACAAGACAACCUGGGGGUUUCCUUU